AUGCCAGCAAAUUUGGAAAACUCAGCAGCGGCCACAGGACUGCAAAAGAGAACAGAGCUGAGCUCCCCCGUGUUGGACGGAGGCGUCCCUCUAGCUGUCUGCUUUACUCAUGGAGAGGAAAUGGAGGAUCCAAUACCGAAGACAUUCAGGGUGACGCAGCUGUUAAACGGCAGGGCCAGGAUUCUAAGGCGGGAGCUCUUUCCCCUGACCAGGGUAAAGGUUGCAAAGUCAUGCUUGACUGUUUGUGACCCCAUGGACUGUAGACUGCCAGGCUCCUCUGUUCAUGGGAUUUCCCAGGCAACAAUACUGGAGUGGGCAGCCAUUUCCUUCUCCGGGGGAUCUUCCGGACCCAGGGAUAGAACCUGCAUCUCUUGUGUCUCCUGCAUUGACAAGCGAAUUGUUUAA